CGAAAAUAACCAUGCGCUUCGAUACAAUUUCUAUCACAUUUCAAUUUGGUUGGAUAAUUUUGGAAUUUUAUUAUUCUAAAUCACAAAAAUAAUGCCUCGUUUAGUCAUUGCAAAAUGGCGAAGAAUACGUUUUCCAACGACCAAAGUCGAAAAACUUAUGCCUCAAAUGCCUUACGUAAUUCCAGACAAACCCAUCAAAGUUCGUGGUGGACGUAAUAUUGAACAUUUACGUAGAUUGUUUCCCUCUCAAAUGCGUUUAAUUUCAAUUGCUCGUUCUGUUAAUAAAUUGAUUGAUGAAGAACGAGUCGAAUUUAGUUAUUACAGAGGAUAUGAAGUUCGCAAUUAUACGGAGCGGUUGAUAGCCGAAGCGAUGCGUUAUGGUGACUGUCAUAUACCAACUAUGGAACUUGCCAAUUUCUAUUUGCAGGAUAAAACUUUGAUUCAUAAAUUGUUCAAAGUUUUGGUACCACGUUUCAUGAACUAUACCACAUCAUUUACAUCGAUGUAUCUGCUUUCGAAUCGUGAUUUCGAUUGGUCAGAUUAUAAACAACGAUCAUACGUUAAUCAAAGAGUGUUGAUCGAAUUGAAAGGCAAUCCGUAUCCGCCAUUAUUGAAUCAUGAUUUAAAAAGAAAUAAUUUACUACAUAAUAUUCUUCUCAGUCAAGUCAGUCGAGAUUAUUACAUGAACAAAACAAAUGAUAAUGAUGAAAUAUUGAAAGAACAAGAUUAAAUUUAAAAAUAUUCUAGUGUAAUAAUUGUAGAAUAAAAUAUCUUUUUAAAUAUAA